AUCCCCGGCCCUAUAUAAACGCAACGGCGCCGAGCUCCAAACACAGAUCGCACCGCGCAAACGCAGCACACGUAAGCAUGGCUGCCACCAUGAAGCUCACAAUCACCUUCCUCCUCCUCGUCUCCGCGCUCGUGGUGUUCGGCGACGCCAAGAAGGCGCCGUGCGCCGUGGUGUGCGUCCAGGGAGGGCACAUCACCUGCGACAACUACCCCGGCCAGAAGCUCGACGGGUGCGACUGCCAGUGCGCGCCCAAGGACGGCAAGGGCUGCGUGCUCCACCUCAACAGCGGCUCCACCAACCAGUGCACCACCACGCCGGAGUACUGAGAUGAACUACAUGCGGUUCGGCAUGAUGCUGGCUCGAGUCCGACCUCAAUGAAGCUGCAAGUGUGUGUGUGUGUCGUGGAGUUAGUAAAUACCCCCUCCGUAUCAAAAUAUAAGACAUCUUACGUUUUAAUACAAAGGGAGUAUGAUGUAAGUUUGUGUCGUGGAAUAAAUAACGAAAGGAAUGCAGUCUGUUGAUCAA